CUGCAAUUUAGCUCUACACCGGUGAUCGAGGCUUCAAAUAAACCCUACCCGCGCUAAGCCAGCCUCUAUUGAUAAAAGUAAAAAAAACCCCCUCUGAAAACCACACUCUCUCAUGGCGAACGCGAGCGGCGAGGGCUCUUCAGCUCCGCUCACUGCUCCAGAGAAUAAGCCGCUUUUUGUUAGGGUUAAGCGCAAGGCCGCUCAGUCUUGCGUCGAUGCUUUCUGGCUUGAAAUCAGUGAGAGGCCAUUGAAGCGGCCAUUAUUGGAUUUUGAUAAGCUGUCAAUUUCUGAUUCACAUGGAAAAGAAGGAUUGAAAAAAAGGAAGGUCUUCGUGCAACAUGUGGAGACUGUCAACACCUCUGAAACAAUCCUUGACAUUGUGAACUCUUUUGUGCCCGACUCAUCUGAUGCAUCCAAUGGUAAAAGUAAAACAACCGAGGAUCAGAGACGUGUGCUUAGGAAGGAUAAUAAACAAGAUGAGCUUUUGUUUAAAGCCAGACAGAAACAAGAGGUAUUGGCAAAAAAUGCUCGCUUUGAACAAAUAUGGAGAAGUCGAAAGGGGAACAAACAAACGUUGUAUAAUAAAACUUUAUAUGACAUGUGCCAUUUUUACGAUGUUGUUCGUGUUGAUGUUGAGGAAAGAUCCAAUGUGGUGCGAGAGUCUAAAGAAAUGUCUGUAGAGGAUCAAAAGAUGUUGAGCAGCUAUCUACCCAUACUUAGAGAAUUUAUUCCUAGUGCUGUUGCUGAAAUUGAAUCCGAUGUUUGUUCUUACUUGUCUGAAGAAGAUGAAUAUGUAUAUGACUACUAUACUGUGAAGGAUGGCAUGGACGUAGAUGAUGAAGGUGGUUCAAACCCAUUUCCUCUGGUACAAGUUGAUGACGAGGAUUUCUAUGAUAUACCCUAUGAAUCGGAAUUUGACAGUGAAGAUUCAAAUGCUGAAGAUAAUCCAAGAAACGACUAUCCUGAUGAAAUCUCUGAAGAGGAUGUGGGGAGUGGAGCUUCUGACAGUGAAUCAGAACAUGACAGUGAGAGUGCCAGUAGCAAAUCUUCUGAACAGGAGGAUAUCGUACCUGAAGUCGAAGCAGAAUAUUACGAUUGUGAAGUUGACAGCGAUGAAUCUUAUGAUGAUGAAUUUGGCAGAUCUGAUGAUGACGAUUAUUAUGGCACCUAUAAUGAUCAUGAUGAUGUGUAUGGUGAGCGUGACUAAUUGGGGAUCUUGUUGGUGAGAAAUGGUUUGCAACUGGAUAUUUGGGAGACUACCUUCUUUAAUCUUUACAGCUCGUGAGUUCCUUGAUUGUUUGUUCCUGAAAUGGUGAUCGGCUCUUGGUGGUACUAGUCUAAUGUGUGUCAGUGACAUUCCGCACUAGAAUCUUGUUGAUGUCAUGGAAUUGUUCCACUUGUGCAUGGUCCGUAGCAGGGAAGUACAUUGGAUGAAGCUGUAUAGUAUAUAUUUGCUUCAUGUAGAUCUAUGGCUGUCCUAUAACUAUUUGGAUGAAUUCUCGCUUGCAGAGUAACGUUUCCAUUAUCUGUUUAUAUGGCAAUGUUUCAUAUUUGUUGGUAACA